AUGAAUAUUCUAACAAAGAAGAGUCAAAGUUAUUUUGCUGAAUUUUUGUGUACUUCAAUAUUUGGUUAUUGUGUUUAUUCUGCUGUUGCAAGCAGUAAAAUAGAUUCAUAUUUAUCAAGUACUGCUGUUGGAUUAACUGUUGGGUUUUCAGGUAUUGUGUUGAUUUAUACAUUUGUGGAUCUUACAGUUGCUCAUUUUAAUCCUGCGAUUACAUUAGCUGCUAUUUGUUUUAAUAAGCUAGAUGUGAUUGAUGGUUUGGUUUACAUUUUGAUGCAAGUUCUUGGAUUUAUUUUUGCUGCUUUAUUAAUUAUUCUAUCAUUUCCUGAAAAUGAUGAAAGUGUUCUAAAUUACAUUCAAACAUUGAGAGUUUCUAAAGAAGUUAAUAAUUUGAAUUUGUUUGUUGUUGAAGCAAUAUUAACAUUCAUUUUGGUAUUUGUAGCAUUUUCAGUUGCAAUUAAUUCUAAACGUGAUAGUGACAAAUCACUUUAUGGUGAUGAGGAAUUACCAGAUAGAUCAAUUGUGGCUCCUUUGACAAUUGGAUUAACACUGGCAUUUUUAGCCUUUGUUGCACCAACUACUUCUGGUGGUUUAUUUAACCCAGGAUUGGCAUUUGCACCUAGUAUUUUGAUUGGUGAUUUUGAAGAUGUAUAUGUUUAUAUAAUUGCAGAGUUUUUAGGUGGUAUAAUAGGCGGUUUCUUACAAGUAUUUGUAUUUUAUAAAUAA